AUGGGCUUUCUAGAGAGAUCGAGGUCCUUACGACGUAAAGAGACACCUUUUAUGCGCAAGAAGAAUGAUGAAGCGUCCACCGCACAGCAAACAGAGAGCGUUGAUGUUGAGCAGCGCAAUCUCAAGAGUGCUCAUGGUCAGAAAGACCCGACAUGGAAAGGAACACAGACCCCACCUUCGGAUCUACCAAGGCCCUGCACUGCAAGUAAAGUGCCCGUCCAGGAGGUACAGCCGGAAAUGCAGAUGCCUAAUUCAGCGAGAAAUUUCGCAGAGUCACUCGCUUUCAAACUACCCAACAAGCCAUCAAGAAGAAUGUCUAUGACUCCAUCACCACGAACGACGACAACUAAGCUGACUCUUCAUGCCAACCAUUCCACCCCUGGUGUUGCAUUUGAAAACUCACGAAGCCCUAAGCGGUCUAUGACAACCCCCAUUGAACCACUUCCCACUUUGACCAAGAAAGAGGAGAAACCUCUUGAAGCAGUUGCCCCGUCUAAGGUUGAGGUACCUUCAGCUGCUCCGCGCAAGGAGCCCCAUCUGCGCAAAUCUAAAUCUGGUACAUGGAGGUCAUUCUUUUCCAGGAAACAAUCAAAGCCACCGCUUCCAGACUUCAAUCCAGCGGAUAUCGCGCCUCCACCAGCACUUCCAAAAGCGUCUGCUAAGAACUCUGUGCCAGCAAUUCCAGCCAAGGAUGGCAAGAAGCUCGAUCGCAACUCGAUCUCUGUAGACAAGACGAGGGCCGUGCAAAACCAAACCAGCACUCGAGCACAAGUCACAAAGAGCAUUGGAGACACACCCGCACUAUCCCAAUUGAAGGCAGCCAACCUCCUGUCUCUGGAGCCUCCAGCUCGAUCAAGUGCACGAAGUCCCAGUGGAGAAUCAGCUGUAUCGCAAUACUUCGAUGCUGCAUCACAACACAGCGGGCCCUCAUUACCAGUGACCCCUCUUGAAGGACCUAGUCAACGCAGACUCAAUGUCAACAUUCCUGCUGUCGAGAUGGAGCGCUACAGCGUCAUGUUCGAGAAGCUGCUCAAGCCUCAGAGUUCAAUCAUGGAUCGACGACAAACGAUGGUGAAACAGCUGAAUCUCUCAGAUCAGCCUUCAGGCAGGCUUGCUCCUGAAUCUCCUGCCUUGCAGCGCCGUGCUACCUCACCUAACCUCAGUUUGCGUACCCCUAUGGCUACUGAGAUGAAUGGUGACAGCUCUCAAGUUGCCACUCCUGUACCUAUUCACCGUGUAUCAAACACACCACGUCUGUUGCGUUCGCAGACCGCACCACCCGGAGCAAUUCAAACCUCGGGCCAUGGUUGUGAACAAAGAAGCCAGGCACCUAGCACCACCAACAACUCCUCGGCAUGCUCCACAAGUUCACACAUGUGGAGCGAUGCAUCACGACCGCAAACUCCAUCUUCUGAUGCAGAAUCUUUCGUUAGUUUUGAUGUCAAUGAUGUUGAUGACGACGACGAUGAAGACAGUGGUGACGAAGACGACGAGCACGAUGACACUGGUGUGUAUAUCCACGAUGCCGUGGCCAUGCAAGCGACGCCUCUGUUCAAAGAUCCUCACUGGAGAAAUGACACACCCGUCAUGUCCUGCGCACCACCAAUUCCACCUAAAGCACUAGGUCGCCAAAGUCCUCCUUCUUUCGAGCUGGAAAAGCAGGCGGCCACGAUCAAUCGCCCACACCCACCGCGCACAAGUUCCCUUGACGAUAACGUGGCGAAACGCAAGACUCAGAUUGGUCCGCAAAUUGGUAUUGCAAGAAAGAUCUCUGUGGUGCGUAGAGCUGCUCCCAACAGCAGACUCAGUGUGCCUUCGCCUCCACAGGCAAAGUCUCCUGCUGCUCUUGAUCCGACUAGUCCUAUGCCAGUGUUCAGCAAGCAGCCGCUACGUCCAAAGCUUGUAGACGUGCGCAACCGCAAGAGUACUCUGGUCGUGCUCGACGAGGCCUAG